UUUGUAUAGUGCCGGAACUUUAUUUCCUCAAAGGCACAAAAUCCAAAUUCAUAAAAUCAAAAAUAGUUACUUUAAUAAAUUGAAGCAUUUGUCUAUAAGCACCAUAGAUAAGCACAAAUAAAAAGUACACAAACAAAUUAUGUAAUUCCAUACAUUUGUUGAUAUUUUAAUCUUAAUCACAAUUAAGAAUAAUUAUUGUACAAUGCAAAGAAAUUGGUAGAAAAUGCGUAUUGAUAGCCACUAUGAUAGCCACUCUCCUUCCAAACCCAAACCAUUUCUAAAUUUUCUAACCUUAAAUUUGAUCUAAAAUCAGGUAAAUUUUCUUGCAAAAUAUUUUUUUCAAAAAUAAUGAAUCAUUUAAAAUCAAAUAAUAGUAACUAUAUAUUUCAUUUGCCUGAAAUAUUACGGCAAGACGACGAAGAAAUAUUGCAUGCACUAGAAAAUAAAACUAAUGCUGUUGUUAAGAAUAUUUAUAAUGUUGAGUAUGUACAAUCAGAAAUUGAGAAUUUUUUGCGAUUAUUUAACAGUUCUUGUCGAUUGUCUCUCUUAAAUUGCAACGAAAAUGAAAGGGAGAACUUUACAUUCUUACUAUUGCUUUUGGAAAACAGUGUGAAAUCUGCAUUAAAAGAAUUACACCAUAACAAUAAAAUAAAAUCAUAUAGUUUCAGGUGUCCUAUAUGUGAGGAUGUGAUAACAACAAAGUCAAAUGAAAAUAUUUGGGAAACGCUACAAAGUCAUCAUCAUUUCGAAGACUUAUAUUUUCAAUUUUUAACUGAAGGUUGCACUGGUUUUCAACAAGAUACUGACACAAUGGACUGUAAUGAAGCAGAUUCAACUAUGAAUAAUUCAUUUGGAGAUAGUGAUACAGAGUAUUCAGAAGCUAUUCCAACAACCAGUGGUGAACAAAAUAAUUUGCAUUCAGGAAAUGAAAAAAAUGUAGAUGUGAACAGUUUUCGUUUUAAUUUUCCUCUCCGCUAUGAUGAACUGGUCGAAUCAAAAGUAUAUCCUCCAGGUUUAAUGUGGGGCAUUCGGCGAUAUGACAAAAUUAAGGAUUAUACCAUACAACGAUGCGGUCCUUCUAGAGCCUCAUGUUUGAUCUGUCACUGUGAAAUGAACGGUCUAAGAAUUAGUAAACAUAUGCUGAUUGGUCACGCUAUGGGGCAAAGACACAUCAAUGCUUCCAAAAGUGAAACAGUCUUAGAAAUGUUGCAGUUCUACCACAAUUUCUGGCUUAAUCAAGAGCCUUUGAUACAGACACAUCAAGUGUAUUUUCGGCCUUACUCUAUACCCACCUUCAGAUGUGCUCUGUGUCUGGAAAUUGUGCAUGCAGAAGGUGUGGUUUCUCAUAUUUUCAGUGACACACAUAAGGACUAUGUAAUACGUAACUACAAUAAAAGAGACAGAAAGGAAUAUUACUUGAUUGAACUACAACUUCAAUUGUACGGAAUUAAAACCGAAAAACAAAAUGAGGAUGACAAGCAGAAUAAAGAGGAAAAUAACAAAACAAAGAAGGAAGCUAAAGAGAAAAUUAAGAAGAAACAAUAUACAGAUUCAAAAAUACCACCAAGAAGAAAAUCAGCCAGUAGUAAAGAACUGACAGCAGAACACAAAAUAAUCAGAUCCAUUGAACGACCAGAAAGCACAGACGUUUUUGAUCAUAUUCCCAACAGAAUGAAAGAACAACGAAAAUAUCUCACUAGAAAAUCUUUACCUGACGGUAGCGCGGUCGUAUCCUGCAGUUUAUGUAAGAUAGAUUUGAAAAAUGAUUUGAAAAUCGUACGCAACCACAUUAGUCUAGCUAGUCCUGCUCAUGUCGAUUUGAACGAGAUAUAUAAGUAUUAUUGUGAGAUAUGUAAUAUUUGGGAACAAGGAGAGAUGGGUUGGUCAAGGCAUAAUUUUAAAAGCAAAAGACAUUUGAAUAUGGCAGAAAGUCGAAAACCAAACGUGACAGAGUACGAAUGCACUACUUGUAAGACAGUAAUUUUUGGAGAUGAAUUGUCUCUCGCCCGUCAUUUACCAAAGGAUGGUAGAAGUAAAAAGGAAAGAAGUAACCAACUUCCUGAUGGUGUAAAGUUGCUUUUUAAAAGCAAACAAGACUUACUAGCCGAAGGCGCUAACCUGGUGGCCCAGGCAGAAGAAGUACUUACUAUACCUGACACGCGGGUGUGCUGUGAAAAAUUGGAAGAAGCUUUACGCGAACAGUUUGAAAACUGCAAAGUGUAUCCCUUUGGCUCUAGAAUAUCCGGAAUUGGUACCAAGUCAAGCGACCUAGACGUUUUCGUUGACACUGGUGACAUGUACUACGGUCAACGCAACCAAGACCCGUCAGAUCAAGUGACUUUAAUCAGGAAGGCGAUCAAAGCUUUUGCAAAAAACCGAGACUACGAAAAUCAGCACGCGGUCAGCACUGCCAGAACUCCCAUUCUCAAACUGCACUACGUCCCUUUAAACUUGGACUGUGAUUUAUCGUUUAAACAUGGACUUAGUGUAGAAAACACUAAAUUUUUAAAGUAUUGUUUAGAGCUGCAACCUAUCGCACAACCCUUUAUUUUAUUGGUUAAAAAAUGGUCAUCUUAUAUAUUACUUGAAUGUGUGAAUACUUACGCAUUCGCCGUUAUGUGUAUAUUUUAUUUACAAGUCAAUGGAUUUUUGCUGUCGGUUGAGAGAUUAAGGAACUUACACAAUUCGAAUAAUUUGACGAUUAUUAACGGAUGGAAAGCUAUUACAUAUUCGUUAAGUUUAGAAGAAAUUAAGAAGCACAUAAAAAUUUAUCCUAGGAGCGUGGAUGAAUUGUUGAAAGAAUUUUUCGAAUAUUUUUCAAAAUUCGAUUUUAAUAGUUAUGUAGUUUGUCCUUUGUUGGGACGCGUGGUGAAUCGAUCCCUGUUCGAAACCAACAGCGGUCAAGACCUUCCCAAGGAAAUGAACGACUAUCUUGUUCAGCUGGAAGGUGACGAUCCGGAAGUAUUUAAAUUGAAGAGCUUCAUGUGCGUUCAGGAUCCGUUCGAUCUCAGCCAUAACCUCACCAAGGCAGUUCAACAGGGUACAGUAAAGAACUUUCAAAAUAUGUGCAAACUGAGCGCCAAACAUUUGGCGUUCAACUAAUUUACGGAGAUUGUAUUCACGGAACGUUUUAGGGAAGUGUAUACAGGAUGAAACCGAUAUAUAACUUUGUUAGAAAAGCAUGUCACCGUGUAUAUGGACAAUCGUUGUAACAUUUAUUUUUAUCUUGUUUUAUUAUAUAUGACUUUAUUCUUUUAUACAGGGUGUUUCAAAACAAAUGCGAAAAACUUCAGGGGGUGAUUCCUUGUUCA